AAAGUGUGUUUUAAUCAACUUAAAGUCAUUUUCCAAUGUAGCAAUUCUCUUUUGAAUGGUGAAGAUUUGCUGUUUUCAGUGGCUGCUGGAUAAUACAUGUCUUCCCUCGGGGGGGAUUUCUAACUGUUAUCGCUUCCUGUUUGUUGUCAUGUCAAACGAUGUCGAUCAAGACGGCAGAGAGUGAAACUGACGCCCGAUGUGGGAGCGCAGAGGGCGGGCAGGGCGAUGUGAGGACUGGGGCGCUUAAAUCUUUUAUCUGAAGAAUGGCCGCUUUGGCGAUAACAGGAUUGGCGUAUUCCCACUAGCUCUUGGCCAAUAUUCCCGAGGAAAAACCUUGUUUGUAUCGCUCAGGAACAACCACUGAGGGGACUCUGCUCUCUAUAGCCGGUUUCCGCUGCGCGCAAUCACAGCUCCAGGACCAGCGGUGGAGUCGGUGCGCUCUGACAGAAAUCAUCCAGCCUGUACAUCUCUGAUCUCAGACAGCAGUCAGCGCUCCUCUCCAUGCCUCCAAGCCUCGGUCACCAGUCAUCAUUUGCGGAAUCCCUUGCAAUGAAAUCCCUAUAAUCCAGCGUUCAUUUUUUCAUUUUUUUUUGUUUGUUUCACUCUUUACUUACUUCACAUCAAGAAAAGAAAAAGAGGAAAACCCAAGCGAGAAGUUUUCGUGUGUGUGUUGCACUGGAGGGGAGAAAGCGAUGGCAGCCCCGGUGAAAGCAGCAUUGGCUCUCCUGGUUCUCACCGUGGCAACUGCCUUGUGUGCAGAGGUGGAGGAGCGGCUGGUGAGUCACCUGUUGUCACCGGAGCGCUACAACAAGCUGAUCAGACCAGCUGUCAACAACAGCCAGCAGGUCACUAUUUACAUCCAGGUGUCUCUGGCACAGCUGAUCAACGUGAAUGAGAGGGAGCAAAUCAUGACCACCAACUGUUGGCUCAGCCAGGUAUGGAAUGACUACAGAUUAAUGUGGGACCCUGAAGAGUACGAAGGAAUCAAGAAAAUCCGUCUCCCGUCACAACACAUCUGGCUGCCAGACAUCGUCCUCUACAACAACGCUGAUGGGACCUAUGAAGUCUCCUUCUACUCCAAUGCCGUGGUCUCCAACAAUGGUGAAGUGACCUGGCUGCCACCAGCUAUCUAUAAGUCAGCCUGUAAAAUCGAAGUACGUGAUUUCCCUUUUGACCAGCAGAACUGCACCCUCAAGUUUCGCUCCUGGACCUACGACCACACCGAGAUUGAUCUCAUCCUCCUCAGUGAUUUCGCCUCACGUGAUGACUUUAAACCCAGUGGUGAGUGGGACAUUGUCUCACUGCCUGGACGCAAGAAUGAAGACCCAAAUGACAUCAAGUACCUGGAUAUCACCUAUGACUUUAUUAUCAAGAGAAAACCUCUGUUCUACACCAUAAACCUGAUCAUUCCCUGCAUCCUGAUCACAUCACUGGCUAUUCUGGUGUUCUACCUCCCGUCAGACUGUGGUGAGAAGAUGACUCUCUGCAUCUCUGUCCUCUUGGCCCUGACUGUGUUUUUACUCCUUAUCUCAAAGAUUGUGCCACCCACCUCUUUAGCAGUGCCUCUAAUUGGGAAGUAUCUGAUGUUUACAAUGGUGCUAGUCACCUUCUCCAUCGUCACCAGCGUUUGCGUACUCAACGUGCACCACCGGUCCCCCAGUACUCACACCAUGCCUCCUUGGGUCAAGCGUGUCUUUCUGUACCGGCUCCCCUCUUACCUCUUCAUGCGGAGACCCGGUAGCUCCAACAUCCGUGAAAAAUUUCGGAAAAAGCACCAGCAGCGAUCUUAUUCUGACCAGAAGCUGCGUGGAGGGGACGGAGGGGCUGGAAAUCCUGCAGGAAUGGCAGAUACCUCCUCGUCCUUUUUUGUGAACGAGGAGCCGGCCAAACGCUACGGCUGGAAGAUCAGUGACUUGUCAGAGAACACAGAGUUCAGGAAGAGGAUGACACUCAAGUGCAACAUUGAUGUGGAAGAUGCGGUCAAUGGCGUGCGCUACAUCGCUGAGAAGAUGAAGAGCGAGGAUGACGAUGAAGGGAUCAUUGAAGACUGGAAGUACGUGGCCAUGGUGAUCGACCGUCUCUUCUUGUGGAUCUUUGUGUUUGUGUGUGUGGUCGGGACGGUGGGCCUCUUCAUGCAGCCUCUAUUCCAGAGUUACAACACCCCCAUUAUUGAUGACAUGGACCAUAACUGAUUUCAACCUGACCCAGACAUAAACUUUGAGUACCCACCCCUGUCCCUGAAAUAGAGCCCUGACAACAUUUUAACACAUGAACUCACAGAUUGGCCUCACAACACUCGCUCACUGGGAAAUAAUAAUUAUGCACUUUAGCUGUCUUCCACCACCUGCUCCCUUCCUUACUUUUACCCCUUGCCCUCUUCAUCCUUCGUGUGUCCUGCCAUCUUCUGCUCCAAUUAUCUGUCAUUCACAGAGGAACUGUUAUCUAUUUAUUUCAGUAAACUUAGGUCACAUUUUCAUAGUUUUGGCCAGAAAUAAUGGAGAUACUGUUGGAAAUUCUGGGGAGACCUGAGGAUGUCGCCAUAUUGCUCCCUGUUUUUCCAGGUAAUUUGUUUUGACCUUUUUGCCUUUAUUGGACAGUUGAUGUAGAGACAGACAGGAAACAAUGAAGGGAGAGAGAGUAAUGACGUCCCUGACUGGAACCAAACUGGGAACCCUACGCAGUAUGGACCACAGCCACUCAAACUCUCAGGUUAGAAAAAAGGCAAACAGUAAAUAUGGAACCCAAAAUGUCUGUUGUAGCAUCAAUCACAGUUUACAGAUCGACUUACUGGCACAACAUUGAUCAAAAGAAACAAUGGCCAAAACUACAAAAAUAAGACUCAAAACCAGAAUUAUCCUUUCAGCCAUGAUGAUCUAAUGGAUGCAGUUCUCCAAGGACUUUAUUUUAAGAAGAGAACAUUUACCUGGAAUGGUCAUAUUGUCAAAGUGCGUUGUCCCCUAUCACUGUUCACAAAAUCUACCUGGCCAACAGGAACUUUGGACUUGGUUUUGCUCUUUAUGUCUAAAUCUGAUUCUCAUGGCCCUAACAUGGCACUGUGGGGGUAGCAUGCAUACAACAAGCCACUGUUUUUUUGUUUUUAUUUCUUUUUGUGUUGACUCAAAAAGAGAGAAAAACCCAAAGAUGAACAAAGCCACAGAAACUCACGUACAGACUCAUUUUGCAGAUGUGGGCCUCACCUCGACCACAUGUCCCCUGUGGAGAAGAAGAUGAAGCCCUUCUGUGUAGAUACAUAGAAGAAGAUCACCUCCCUGUGUCCUUUUGCCAAUAGCACACAUGCUGUAUGAAUUUCUAAUAUUUGCCUUGAAAAUAAGAGUGAGAGGAGAUACAACAGAGCUCAUAUAAUAAGAAGGAUGUGUGAUGGGGUGGCCAACCUGUUUUUACCCUCACACACACCUCACUGUGUGGACCUGAAAUAAUAGACUGCUGUUGUGACGCCUCAGAGGAGCCAUGUUUUAAAUGAAGGUUACGAUAGUGCAAAAAAUAUAUAUUAAAAACUUAUAACCACUGACCGUUAGGCUGUUCAAUUCAAUUCAGUUUUAUUUAUAUAGAGCCAUAUCAUAACAAAAGUUAUCUCAUGACACUUUUCAUACAGUGCAGGCCUAGACCGUACUCUUUCUAAUUAUAUUUACAGAGACCCAACAGUUCCACCACGAGCAAGCACUUGGCGAAGGUGGCGAGGAAAAACUUCCUUUUAACAGGAAGAAACCUCGGGCAGACCGAAGCUUAUUGGUAGACAUCAUCCACCACGACUGGUUGAGUUAAAGAUAGAGAGGGGCAGAUAGAGAGAGAGAUGAGGAUAGAUAGAUAC